AAUUUGACGACCACAAGAGGUCGCGACCGUGUUUUUUUUUUAACAAGUGAUGAUGGUAUUAUUAUAAAAAAUUAUUGUUGACAGUUAUAAAUAAAACAAUUGUAAUAAAAAUAAACAAAUUUAAAUGGACAAGAAGACGGCACUGUUUGUGAUGAGCGUGAAUGAACACGGACAGAAUGUGUACAUUAAUCAGGCCGACCCGACGCGAAGUUUCAUAUUCGACGACGAUGGCAAUUUGGCCGAUUAUACAAUGGAUGGAGUAGUUCCGAAUAUUAAAAUGGAAACGCAAAUGCAGGAGGAUAGCAACAGCAAUGAUAUACUACAGGAUAGUAUAUCUGGUGACCUGGAGGACACCACUCAAUUAGCUAUAAUGAACAGUUUGGACGAAGUUCCGAAUUUCGAAGAAUCUCUAAUGCAAGAGCUAGACUCCGAUUUGAUGAACAUGGAGAAUUCGCAAUCGGACAAUUAUAUAAUGCAGCAUAUGGAUAUCAGGGAGCCACUGUCCAAGCUCCGGCGUUUGCUCGAACAGCGAUUGAAUUUGAAUCUUCUCGGUUACCAAUUCUUCCUUCAAGGAACGCAAAAGUUGGAGAGUCACAAGAAUUUAGUGGAUCAAUGCGUCCAGGGAGAGGGUUUAGUUCAAAUUAACGUGGGCAUCGAGCAAGAAUUGAAGAGGAUAAAUAUUAUAGACGUGUUGAAACCAGCGGAUGAUUACAUAGACUCUAAAGAGGAGCAGGAGAGGAUGGAACUGCCAGAAGCUGAGGAAGAACCUAAAAAGGUGCAGAAUAAAGAUAAGAAAGUAGUUCAUCAAUGGCAAGUGGAUAAUAGUUUUAAGAAUGAACAGGAAAGGCUAAAAAUUCCUUCAAACCCAGAAUUUUGGACUGUGGUUCAUGUGAGACACUGGAUUCAAUGGGCGGUGCGACAGUUCAAUCUACCGAAUUUAAAGUUGUCGGAUUGGUCCAUGUCUGGCAGUGAUUUGUUCAAACUGGAUAUCCAUGAUUUCCAGAAAAUCGUACCGAGCGAUCCGGGCGAUGUGUUUUGGACGCAUUUUGAGCUAUUGCGGAAGAUGAAAGUCGUUGCCAUCACCAAAGAGGACAAAAUGGAAAAGAAACAGCCGAAGCUUAUGAAACAGAACAAGGUGAACAGGAUCAUGACGAACUAUUCACCGCCGACGAGGUAUUAUGACACGCUAGGUGCAGCGAUGGGAAACAAAUCUGGUAACAAUGGACAGAUUCAGCUGUGGCAGUUCCUGCUGGAGUUGCUGACGAGUCGCGACUACAAAAACGUUAUACAUUGGUUGGGCUCGGAUGGUGAAUUUAAAUUAAAUCAACCUGAAACUGUUGCGCAAUUGUGGGGUGAACGGAAGAAUAAGCCGACGAUGAACUACGAGAAGUUGUCGCGAGCUUUGCGCUAUUAUUAUGAUGGUGAUAUGAUAUCAAAAGUGCACGGGAAAAGGUUCGUGUAUAAAUUUGUUUGCGACUUGAAACAGUUACUAGGGUAUAGUGCUAUUGAAUUGGCCAAACUUGUUAAUUACGGAAACCCAGAUCGCGAAUGCUAAAUUUAAAAUGUGUAACAUUUUGAGGAAGUAUAACUUCCAACUAACCGACUAUAAUUGUAAAUAUUUAAAACAACUAUUUUUGCACUAGAUUUAAGUUCAACUGUGAUAACAUGAAAACGAAUCCAUAUAUAUAUAUAUUUAUAAUAUAUUAAUGUUUGUUGAUAGUAAUUCGAUAUUUUUAUAUAUGAUUAGAAUUAAUGUUAUAAUCGCGCUGUUUUCAAAAACCCAUUUGUC